AUGUCUUCCAAUCAAUUGAAGAAAAUCGCCAUUUUUGGUGCAUCCGGGAAUUUUGGUGCUCCUAUCACAGCCGCUCUCACCCAAGCUGGCUUCGACACCACCAUCAUCACCCGUAAUGAAUCUACAUCCACAUUCCCAGACGGUAUUCCUGUUAUCAGAACGGAGUAUACCCUCGAGGCUCUCACCAAGGUCCUUUCGGGUCAAGAUGCUGUUGUAUGCGUUGUGGGCCCUGCAGGCAUCAAGUACCAAGUCACCAUGAUCGAUGCCGCCAAAGCUGCUGGAGUAAAGCGCUUUAUCGUUGAUGACUUUGGCUGGGGCCCUGACUUCACGAGCUACCCCGAAUUUGAGCCUGUUCGCGCUCAACGCACUGUCGGUGUUGACCGCGCAAAGGAACAUGCCAAUGCCGAUCCAGCUUUCACUUGGACUGGCAUCGCAAGCGGUAAUCCUAUUGACUGGGCGAUGAAGCGCUUUACUCUCAUGGGCUUCGAUAUCAAGAAUCGCUCAGCUAUUAUCUACGAUGGGGGCAGUGAGUACUUCACCGGUACUACUCUACAAGGUAUCGGGCAAUCAGUGGUUGGAGUCCUCCAGCACCCCGAAGAAACAGCAAACCGUCACGUCAAAAUUUUAUCCAUUAAGACAUGCCAGAACGAUCUUCUUGACGCUUUUCAAAAGGCCACAGAAAGUCAGUGGGAAGUUAAGGAAUCCACAACAAAGGAAUUGAUAGAUGAGGGGCGAAAGAAGCUCAAGGAGGGUACAGGUGGUUGGCCUCUUUACCUGGCUGUGGCUCAGCUAUAUGAAGAAGGAAAAGCACGCUGCCUCGUUGCGCCAUCAUGGGAGGAGUCAGACUCUGGAUUGCUUGAGCUUAAGAAAGAAACUCCUGAGAGUCUUGUGAGCUCUGUUUUGGCUAGCGUUUGA